UUCAGAAGCAUCCAGUAGUGUUUUCUCCUUUAUGCGUUUAAUUUACACGGCACAAUGAAAUUACUGGGUAUUUCGACGCUGUGCGCAUUACUUCUGCUCGUAACUGCCGAAUCAAAGACCGAAACAAAAGCCACAGAUUCUAAAUCCGCAGAACCCCAAGAUAAGAAGCAAGAUAAACGUGGUAUUGAAUUGGGAUAUGGCGGUGGUGAUUUUGGUGGACACGAUUUCGGUGGUUUUGACGGAGGCCACAGCGGCGGCGGGUUUUCUGAAGGACAUGGAGGCGAGCAGGAUUAUGGUGGAUUCGACCACGGAGGUGGAGACGACCACCAUCAAAAAACCGUGACGGUUGUCAAAAAUGUUCCGGUUCCCUACCCCGUAGUUAAACAUGUGCACGUUCCAGUAGAAAAGACCGUGCAUGUUCCAGUAAAGGUGCACGUACCACAACCCUAUCCAGUCGAAAAGAAAGUACCCUACGCCGUGCCCGUUAAAGUUAAUGUGCCUGUACCUGUUCCCCAUCCGUAUCCCGUAGAAAAACCAGUUCACUUUCCAGUAAAAGUUCAUGUCGACCAACCCUACCCAGUCAAAGUUCUUGUUCCGCAACCUUACCCUGUAUACAAAGAAAUACCCGUUCCAUAUAAAGUACAUGUGCCUCAACCGUAUCCAGUUGAAAAGAAGGUACACUAUCACGUUAAAAUACCCGUACACGUUCCUCAACCAUAUCCAGUUGAAAAAAUUGUACCAUACCCAGUUCAAGUGAACGUGGACAAACCUUACCCAGUACAUAUUCCAAAACCGUACCCAGUGCACGUUGAGAAGAAAAUACCUUAUCCGGUGUCAAAUCCAAUUCCUUAUCCUGUUAAAGUACCUGUUGAUAGGCCUAUCCCAUACCCAGUGGAAAAACCUGUACCGUACCCAGUAAAAGUGCCUGUGCCUGCCCCCUACCCUGUCGAAAAGAAUAUACCCGUGCCGGUUGAGAAGCCAGUUCCCUACGCUGUCAAAAUUCCAGUAGAUCAUCCAGUACCGGUACCGGUUUACAAAAAAGUUCCCUAUCCUGUCGCUAAACCGGUACCGGUUCCCGUAAAGGUACCCGUACCCGUCCCGGUACACGACCACGGACAUGACAGCGGUUCCGACUAUGGGAGCGAAGAAGGAGAUCACAGUUCAGGAUACCAUUAAAUCUUUCUCUAGUGAUAUUAUUUUAGACUUUACUUUAUCUUUUUCCUAUUUCUAAUUCUGUACAGUAUUAUAGUAUUAU